CUCAUCUAGCUUCCCGGACAGUGAGACUUGGAACUAGCCGCUGGCUGGGGAGGCUAGGGGGGCGCAAUAGGCAGCUCCAUUUACGACCCAUUUCUCCCUGGAGAAGCCAGAGACCUUCGAAGAGGGGCAGGGGGAGGGCCCAGCAAGAGAGAAGCCCCCGCUGGUACUCGGGGAAGCUUGGAAGGCGCUCGCUGCAGGGCUUGCUCGCCAGGCUACUCCUUUCCCUCUCCCUCCCUCUUUCACUCCAUUCUCCACCCCUCCAGCAGCUCCCGCGGUGCAGGGAGAGAUUUGGGGAGAACUAGUAAGCGUGGCGAGAGGGACACUUGGAGGACUCGGGGGUGUGCGAGUCUGCCGACUGGGCCGUAUACGAGGAGCCAAGUAUGGAGUGGAGUUACCUGUUGGAAGUCACCUCCCUGAUCGCUGCCUUCUCCCUGCUGCAGCGUUCCAGCGGGGCGGCCGCCGCCUCGGCCAAGGAGCUGUCGUGUCAAGAGAUCACCGUGCCCCUGUGCAAGGGCAUCGGCUACAACUACACCUAUAUGCCCAACCAGUUCAACCACGACACGCAGGACGAGGCCGGCCUGGAGGUGCACCAGUUCUGGCCCCUGGUGGAGAUCCAGUGUUCGCCCGACCUCAAGUUCUUCCUGUGCAGCAUGUACACGCCAAUCUGCCUGGAGGACUACAAGAAGCCGCUGCCGCCCUGCCGCUCCGUGUGCGAGCGGGCCAAGGCCGGCUGCGCCCCGCUCAUGCGCCAGUACGGCUUUGCCUGGCCGGACCGGAUGCGCUGUGACCGGCUACCCGAGCAAGGCAACCCAGACACCCUAUGCAUGGACUACAACCGCACGGACCUCACCACCGCCUCUCCCAGUCAGCCCCACCACCACCAUCCGCCGCCACCGCCGCCGCCGCUACCCGGCGAGCAGCCGCCCCCGGGCUCCGGGCACCAUCGGCCCCCGGGGGGUCGGCCUCCGCACCGGGGCAGCGGCGGCGGCAAGAGUUCGGAGGCUGCAGCUCCCCCAGCCCGGGGCGGAGGCGGGAAAUCCCGGGCCCCAGGCAGCGGCUCCUCCCCCUGCGAACCGGGUUGCCAGUGUCGUGCGCCCAUGGUGUCUGUGUCCAGCGAGCGGCACCCGCUCUACAACCGGGUCAAGACAGGGCAGAUCGCCAACUGCGCCCUGCCCUGCCACAACCCUUUCUUCAGCCAGGAUGAGCGCGCUUUCACGGUCUUCUGGAUUGGUCUAUGGUCAGUGCUCUGCUUCGUCUCCACCUUCGCCACUGUCUCCACCUUCCUCAUUGACAUGGAACGCUUCAAAUACCCUGAGCGACCCAUCAUCUUCCUCUCUGCCUGCUACCUCUUCGUCUCCGUGGGCUACCUGGUGCGCCUGGUGGCAGGGCACGAGAAGGUGGCGUGCAGCGGAGGGGCGGCGGGAGCUGGCGGCGCGGGCGGGGCCGGCGCCGGGGCGGGGGCGGCUGGGGCUGCGGCUGGGGCUGCUGGGGGCCCGGGCGGGCGGGGCGAGUAUGAGGAGCUGGGCGCAGUGGAGCAGCACGUGCGCUAUGAGACGACGGGCCCGGCGCUGUGCACCGUGGUCUUCCUGCUCGUCUACUUCUUUGGCAUGGCCAGCUCCAUCUGGUGGGUGAUCCUGUCGCUCACCUGGUUUCUGGCGGCGGGCAUGAAGUGGGGCAACGAGGCCAUAGCGGGCUACUCGCAGUACUUCCACCUGGCCGCCUGGCUGGUGCCCAGCGUCAAGUCCAUCGCGGUGCUGGCGCUCAGUUCUGUGGACGGUGACCCCGUGGCUGGUAUCUGCUACGUGGGCAACCAGAGCCUGGACAACCUGCGGGGCUUCGUGCUGGCACCGCUGGUCAUCUACCUCUUCAUCGGCACUAUGUUCCUCCUUGCCGGCUUCGUGUCGCUCUUCCGCAUCCGUUCGGUCAUCAAGCAGCAGGGAGGUCCCACCAAGACGCACAAGCUGGAAAAGCUCAUGAUCCGCCUGGGCCUCUUCACCGUCCUCUACACCGUGCCCGCCGCCGUCGUGGUCGCUUGCCUCUUCUACGAGCAGCACAACCGCCCCCGCUGGGAGGCCACCCACAACUGCCCCUGCCUGCGGGACCUGCAGCCGGACCAGGCCCGCCGGCCAGACUACGCCGUCUUCAUGCUUAAGUACUUCAUGUGCCUCGUCGUGGGCAUUACCUCGGGCGUGUGGGUCUGGUCUGGAAAAACGCUUGAGUCGUGGCGGGCCUUGUGCACCCGCUGCUGCUGGGCCAGCAAGGGAGCUGGUCCCGGUGGAGGAGCCGCCGCUGCCGCCGCUGCCGUAGGCGCGGGAGGAGGAGGAGGGGGAGUAGGAGGGGGAGGCGGCGGAGGAGGAGUGGGGGGAGGCGGCGGCGGGGGAGGAGGAGUGGGAGGCGGAGGAAUGGGAGGAGGGGGCUCUAUGUACAGCGAUGUCAGCACUGGCUUGACGUGGAGAUCGGGCACCGCCAGUUCGGUGUCCUAUCCCAAACAAAUGCCAUUAUCCCAGGUCUAGAAGGGGGGCGGGAGUGGGCAAAAGGAGAGGACUU